CAAGGAGUAUAAUAUACUCCACAUGAUCUAGCCGUUAGAUGUACUUUGUUGAGCUUCGACCAAUCUCAACGGUCAAUUUAAAUUUUCCAUUAAAUUGAACUUGGGAUUUGAGUUUAGAGAACCGGAGCCUGGGGUUUAUCCAUUAGAGGUUAGAGUAUAGUAUCAUACUCCAAACUCGGUUAAAAUCAUGCUCGAGAUAGAGAUAUCUCACGACCCAAAAUAUCGUGACCGUGUUGAUCAUCUGAAGAACGCUGCCAUCUGGUUGUCUUGCCACAAAAGGGGUAAAGGGGGCGACAUUAGCGAUAAGGCGUUGUCUUCCUGUGCAUCGUUUCUGGCCGAGUCAGGAUGUGGCUAUGAAGAGGUUCGUUGCAAGAGAAGGCACAACUGGUCGGAGGCUAUUGCCGUCUCCCUGAUGAGCCCAAGGCAGGGCAAAACCAGUUGGCAUGCGUAUGCAGAGAGGUUGGUCUUGAGGAAUGAGUGCACCUCAAGACGCAGCACAGACUUCGGAAGUCUAUGUCUGUGCGACGUCUUGAGGAAUGAGUGCACCUCAAAUGGUAUCAGACUUCCGAAGUCCGUGCGGCGUCUUGAGGUGCACUCAUUCCAGUAAAUCACCAUUUCAUUAGGACCUAAGGUUCACUCAUUAAGGGUUAGGACAUAGUAUCAUGCCAAAAAAUCAUGCUAAUUCGA